AUCCAAUUUUAUUUCUAAUUCUCAAAUGUUUGUUUGUUUAAACCAUUUGCUUUCCAUUAUCUGUGAUCAAUAUUGCUCAUCUCUGUUUGCUUUGAGUCGAAAUUAUGGGUGAUUUAGAGCAAUAAUCACUGACUAAUCAAAGAUCUGCAUGUACAACUUCUCUGUCUAUCUGCACUCUAAUCCAUAUACUUAUCUUUUUGGGGUUUUGAUCUCUAUUGGUAUUGGGUAAGGGAGAGAGAGAGAGAGAGAUAAACAUCUCAAAUUUCAUUUUUUUGGUGCUUUGCUUUGUAAAGACUGAAACUUUUACUGCAUUCUCAUAGAAAACUAAACAUUCCAUUUGAUUUUGAUGGUUGUUUGUGAUAUUGGGUUUUUCUGCUUUGUUUGCCCUUAUGAACGAUCAUGUAAUAUUUGAGUGAUCUCUUAUGCUCAAAAGUUUACGGAUUUUCUUUGAUAUUUUCUUAGGAACCAAACAAGGAUUAACCCUGUGUAUGCUUUGUUUGUUUGCUUUCAUUCUUUGUAUGAUAAAUAGUUAUACCUAAAUGAUUAUGUUAUUUGACAAAAGAGCAUUCCUCUCGUCGUUUUCCUGCUUUUUCAAAGUUUGCUUUAUCUCUCUCGGAUUUCUCUCUGGUGGUAAAACAACAGUUCGUAACUUUGUACCAAUUUCAAUAUUGCCUUUACCUCUCUCUCUCUCCCCCUCUCUCCUCCUCCGAAGUAGUCCGUUGACCGGACCCUGUGCUUUGUUGUUUGGUUGUUGUGAAAGUGGAGCUAGUUUUAUUAUCGAUUCACGUUACAUCCACGGACUGCAUUGACCAAGAUAAAAUGACCUCAUUUUUCUAUAUGGGCUUGUAAAAUGGCUGGUGGUUUGGAUGUGUGGGAAUCUUUGGUAUUUGGAUAUUCAUUUGCUUGGUUGACCAUUUUUGGCAAAUUUCAGAAUUUCAUGUGCGAUCUGGUUGGCUAAGGUAGGACUUAUCCUUUAUUAAGUCAGAUGUCGUCUAUGUUGAGCUGAGGAAAUGGGGGGUUGUGUUUCGACUAGUAGUCAGAGCACUCGUAGCAGCAACAGCAACAGAGAGGCAGUGACACCCCCAUGCUUGGGGAUUCAAUUUAGCGGUCGAAAGAGAACGAAGAAGACAUUCUCUGACCAUGCAUAUACUCUUCAGAAUUUACACACCUUGCCCAACCGCAUUUUUACCAACGGAAAGAGCCAGACUUCUUGCAUAUUCACACAGCAGGGCCGCAAAGGCAUAAACCAAGAUGCCAUGCUUGUGUGGGAAGAUUUCAUGUCCGAUGAUGCGAUAUUCUGUGGUGUUUUUGACGGCCAUGGUCCACACGGCCAUCUUGUUGCUCGCAAAGUAAGGGAUGCGUUGCCAAUGAAGCUGCUAUCCUUCUUGUAUUCAUACCAAGGGUCCAGUAAAACGUGUUUCAAAGGGAACCUAAAGAAGUCAGAUUGUGGAGAUACUGAGAAGGAUGGUUUGGACGAGGAAAAAUUGAAUUUAUCAUGGAGAGACGCUUUCCUUAAGUCAUACAAAGCCAUGGACAAGGAGCUGAGGUCUCAUCCUAAUUUGGACUGCUUCUGCAGUGGUAGCACUGCUGUCACUCUAGUCAAACAGGGGUCAAAUCUUUUCAUGGGUUAUAUCGGGGAUUCCCGAGCAAUCCUGGGAUCAAAGGACAGUAAUGAUUCCAUGGUGGCAAUCCAGUUAACUGUUGACUUAAAGCCUGAUCUGCCAAGGGAAGCUGAAAGAAUUAAACGGUGUAAGGGUAGGGUGUUUGCUUUGCAUGAUGAGCCUGAAGUGUCUCGAGUAUGGUUGCCUUUUGAUGAUGCCCCUGGUUUAGCUAUGGCUCGAGCCUUCGGCGAUUUCUGUUUAAAGGAGUAUGGAGUGAUCUCAAUUCCUGAGUUCUCACACCGGAUACUUACUGACAGAGACCAGUUCAUUGUUCUUGCUUCUGACGGGGUUUGGGAUGUCUUAAGCAAUGAAGAGGUUGUUGAGAUAGUCUCCUCAGCCCCAACCCGGGCAUCAGCAGCAAGGACUGUGGUUGACUCAGCUGCUCGCGAAUGGAAACUCAAAUACCCGACUUCAAAGAUGGAUGACUGUGCAGUCGUUUGCUUGUUUUUGGAUGGGAAAAUGGACUCGGAAUCUGAUUAUGAGGAACAAGGCUUUUCAUCCGCAACCCUUCAAAGCAAUCACUCCGGCAAUGCAGUUGAAUCAGAUGAUGGCCAGAAGUCGGAGCCAUCUUUGCAGAGGAAUUUCACAGUCAGGUCAUCUGAUGAAAGUGAUACUCAUGGUAGACUACCGGUUGAGAUUGAAGGGAAUGAAGAAACAGUGGCAGCUGAAGAGAACUGGUUGGGUUUGGAAGGCGUGACACGCGUGAAUUCCCUCGUUCAACUUCCUAGAUUUUCCGAAGAAAGGCCUUAGAAAUUGUGAUUCAAAUAUAAACGAAACUGGCUAGCGUUUAUUGUAUUAUGGCAUCUUUUUGCCUCAUUAAAAUCCAAAAGAUAAAUCUUUCUGGGUUUCCAUUUCCUCAGCAUUUGUUGCAGAAGGCACAAAAAGUAAGGAAACUGUUCUCUUCAGGUAGCUGAGGCAAAUAUAAUUCUCUGUGUCUCUAAGUUUUAUGUACAUUCUUUAGUCCA